CGCCAGCGAGGUGGGGAGGCAGGAAGGCCUCCUAGGCUGAGUGGUUGCAGCCCAUGCUCCACAGGGCUAUUUACCCCAGCCACCCCGCGGGGACGCUCCAGCGCUGAGCUCCGCCACCCAUCCUCACCAUGACCAGUUUAAAGCGCUCACAGACAGAGCGCUCAGUGGGCGGCUCUGUGCCCGCCACAGACGAGUUCUACACCCGUCGUCUGCGCCUCCCCAACGGAGGAGCACCUCCACCACGUAGUGAGAGCGCCCACCUGUCAGGUAGCACGCCUGGAGUGCCCAAAAUGGGGGUACGAGCACGGGUGGCUGACUGGCCCCCUCGGAAGGAUGGAAGUGGAGGAGGAGGUGGGGUAUGGCAUAUCACUGUGGAAACGGACUCUCCAGCCACCACGACCACAAGUGGAACGCAGAGCAACCUCUCGGCAAAGCUUGGUCACCUUAUCAGCCCGCAGGACUCAUCCAUGCUAAGAAACAUCCAGAACACUCUCAAGAGCAAAAUGCAGAGCAAAGGGAAGGACAACCGUUUCCUCUCGCCAGACGGCUACCUGGGUUCACCACGGAAGGGCAUGCGGCGCAUCCGCCAGCGUAGCAACAGCGACAUCACCAUCAGUGAGCUGGAUGGGGACAAUGAGGGCUGGUCUUUCUCAGGCUGGAACCCCGUGCACCGGGAGUAUGGCAGUACCUCCUCCAUUGACAAGCACGGUGUGUCCGGUGAGAGCUUCUUCGACAUGCUCAAGGGCUAUCAAGCUGAUGCAUCCGACCAGCGCAGCCCUGCUCCAGAGAAGUUGGGGGAGCUUCUCUCGGUUGCCCCCAAGCAGACAGCCCUUGACCUGCCUGAUGGCCCUCUGGGCCCCCCUCGGGGCAGCCCCGCCAGCCGCCUGAAAGAGAGAGAGAAACACCUGAAGAGACGCUCCAAGUCAGAGACUGGGGGGGAGUCCAUAUUUCGCAAGCUGAGAAGUGUGAAGGCUGAGGGUGAGUCGUCGCGUGCUGGCUCUGAUGUGGAGGAUGGUAGGUCUGAGGACUCUGGACCUCCCCCUAAACCCUGGGUGUGUCAGAAAGGCUUUGCCCACUUUGAUGUUCAGAGCAUCCUGUUUGACCUGAAUGAGGCCAUUCAGAGCCGACAGAGUGGUGCUAAACGGAAGAACACCACCACUGGUGCUUCAGCUGCUGCAGCAGCUUCUGCCUCCACCACCUCUUCACUUUCCUCCACCCAGAGUGGCACGUACGGAUCACCCUGCGGCAGCCAAGAGGAACUUAAUAACAAGGAUGGCCCCAGCCUUGAUCCUGGUGAUGACAAGAGCAACGAGCUUGUGCUCAGCUGCCCAUGUUUCCGCAAUGAGAUUGGCGGUGAGGGCGAGAGGAACGUCAGCCCACCCAAGCAGGGGAGCAUUGGCAGCGGGGCGUCCAGCUCCUCUGGGAAUGAAGAGGGGCCACUGGAGGCCUCACUAAGCACCCGUUUUACCAAUGCAGGUGUGGCUGUGCUGGAGGCACCAAAGGAUGGGCAGAGUCUUCACAGUGAAAGGGGGAAACGCUAUAUUGUGGAGCAUGUGGACCUGGGAGCCUAUUACUACAGAAAGUACUUCUACCUGAGAGAGCACUGGAACUACCUGGGUGUGGAUGAGACUCUAGGUCCUGUUGCUGUGAGUCUUCGUCGAGAGAAGCUGGAGGACCACAAGGAACAUGGCCAGCAGUACAAUUACAGAGUCAUAUUCAGAACUAGUGAGUUGACGACUUUGCGGGGUUCCAUCUUGGAAGAUGCCGUGCCCUCCACUGCUAAGCACGGUUUGGCGCGUGGCCUGCCCUUGAAGGAGGUCCUGGAGUACUUAGUACCUGAGCUGAAUGCCCACUGUUUGCGGCUUGCCCUCAACACGCCCAAAGUCACAGAGCAGCUGAUGAAACUGGAUGAACAAGGGCUCAGUUUCCAGCUGAAAGUUGGGGUGAUGUACUGCCAGAGUGGCCAGAGCACUGAGGAGGAGAUGUACAACAAUGAAUCAGCAGGCCCCGCCCUGGAGGAGUUCCUGCAGUUACUUGGGGAGCGUGUUCGCCUCAAAGGUUUCACUAAAUACCGAGCCCAGCUAGACACCAAGACGGACUCCACUGGCACCCACUCCCUCUACACCACUUACAAAGACUAUGAGAUCAUGUUCCAUGUGUCCACCAUGCUACCCUACACACCUAACAAUAAACAACAGUUGCUAAGGAAGCGACACAUAGGGAAUGACAUAGUCACUAUAGUGUUCCAGGAACCUGGAGCAAAGCCCUUCAGCCCCAAAAACAUCCGUUCGCAUUUCCAGCAUGUUUUUGUCAUUGUGCGAGUGCACAACCCUUGCUCUGACAACACCUGCUACAGUGUGGCGGUCACUCGGUCCCGGGAUGUUCCUGCCUUUGGACCACCUAUUCCAGAGAACUUGACCUUCCCCAAGUCCACUGUCUUUCGGGAGUUCCUGUUGGCCAAGGUGAUCAAUGCAGAGAACGCUGCUCACAAAUCGGCCAAGUUCCGCGCCAUGGCCACCCGCACGCGGCAGGAGUACCUCCGUGACUUAGCCGAGCGCCACGUCACCAGCACUCCCAUUGACCCUUCGGCCAAGUUCCCAUUCAUCUCACUGGCUCACAAACGCAAGGAGAAGAGCCGUCCGUACGCUGGGGCGGAGCUGCGCAGCCCUGGAGCCGUCACCUGGCCGGUGUAUGCCGAGGACCAUGGAGCAGGGGGGGAGCUGGAAGCCCUCCUGGCCAUCUCCAAUGACUUCUUGGUGCUGGUGGACCCCGAGGCCAAGGCAGUGGUGUUCAACUGUGCCGUGCGUGAUGUGAUUGGCUGGACACUGAGCAGCCCAGCAUCCAUGAAAAUCUUCUAUGAACGGGGCGAGAGUAUUUCAUUACGCUCCAUCAACAACAACACAGAGGACUUCCGCGAGGUCGUAAAACGCCUAGAGCACCUCACUAAAGGUUGUGAGACCACAGAGAUGACCUUGCGCAGGAAUGGCCUGGGCCAGUUGGGUUUCCAUGUCAACUAUGAGGGCAUUGUGGCAGAGGUGGAGCCGUAUGGCUACGCCUGGCAAGCAGGUCUGCGCCAGGGCAGCCGGCUGGUUGAGAUCUGUAAGGUCGCCGUGGCUACGCUGUCCCAUGAGCAGAUGAUCGACUUGCUGCGCACCUCUGUUACCGUGAAAGUGGUCAUCAUCCCUCCACAUGAGGAUGCCACUCCCCGCAGGGGUUGCUCGGAGCUUAUGCGGUUGCCUGUGGUGGAGUAUAAGGGCAGCAACGAGAGCGGCUCAUUCGAGUACAAAUUCCCCUUCCGCAACAACAACAACAAAUGGAACCGAACCUCCUCCAGUCCCCAGCAGUCUCUCACGGCCUCACCCCAGAGCCACGGCGGCACACCCAACCGCGCCGUCAGCCUGGGUGCCAGCAUGGGCAAGACCCUCUCUGCUGAACGCUCAGAGAGGGCUGCAGCCAUCCCUAGAAGUGUGUCCAGCGACGGACGACCCCUUGACUCCAAGAGAAUGUCUCCUGCCUCUGAUAACUACUCACUGGGAUCUUCAAUAUCGAUGGGCCGCUCUCCUCACAACCGCAGCUCUCCAAGCAACCUCUCCUGCGCUGGAGACACGGGCUCUGGAGGUGCAGCCCAUUGGCGGCAGAAGUCCAUGCCUGAGGGAUUUGGGCCCAACAGACAUGCCCCCCUUCCAACAGAGCGUCAAAUCAUGGGAGAGGGGAGUGGCAGUGGAAGGUCAACGCCCAGCUGGCCUCGCAUGGAGGAGGGGUCAGACAGACCAGCGCCAGAUGCUCCUGUUACUAAAUCUGGAUCUUCCUAUUCUGGAGCUCCUCGCAUCCAGAGGCAGGAACAGGUCAUUCACCUGUCCCCCAAAAAGAGCAGCCAGUCGGAGGGCCAUUACUCUGGUCACUCCAGCAGCAACACCCUGUCCAGUAGCGCGUCCAGUGGCGGCCACAGCGAUGAGAAAUGGUAUGAGCUGGGUGGAGGAGGACCGGGUGAUCAGCCAGACUCUGAGCCCAACGGUUUGGGUGGGGGCAGUUACCUCCAGGGCGCCUCGGCCGACAGCGGCAUCGACACCACCUCCUACGGCACUCACCACGGUAGCUCCAGCUCCCUUUUGGCCGUGGGCUCCAGAGAGAGGGCCCCCUCACCCUGGCACAGCCCCACCGAAGGAGGCCGUCGCGUUUUGGAGAGAUCUCCGCCCGCUGCGGAAUCGCCCGUGUCUCCGAGCGGUCCAGAGGGGCCUGCCAGGAGCCCUCCGACCCAUUUGCUUGUGCGGGAUGGGAGCUCGUACAGUCUGAGUGACAUGCCGACACACUCCGGUGCCAUGAGCUCUCGACACUCGGGCAGUCCGAUGGUGCUGAGCUCCAGUCACAGCUCUCCACGUGAGGAGUCAUCCUCAGCCACCUCCCCCUCCUCCCAAAGCUCCGUCUCUCCAGGGCCCAAGAGCUUCUACCCCCGACAGGGAGCCACCAGCAAGUACCUGAUAGGCUGGAGGAAACCUGGCAGUACCAUCAACUCUGUGGACUUUGGAGACACUCGCAAAAGGCCCCAGGGUGAGGGGGUUGAGUGUGGCCCACCUCAGACCAGACCAUCUCUCAGGGACCUGCAUUCACCCCAGCCCCUGGGCAAGUCCACCAUGGAGGACGACCUGAAGAAACUCAUUACUCUGGACAGUCCCCCAGCCAUCCGCCACGAGGACAAGUCAACCUCCUCUGGCUCCACCUCUGGGCGGCGCUCUCUCCACCGCACCCUAUCAGAUGAGAGCAUAUACCGUGGGCAGCGGCUGCCAUCGCUAGGAGACUCAGUGCUGGAGCAGGCCCUGGCUAGUGACGUUCUCUUCAGCUGCUCCACCCUCCCUCGCUCGCCCACCACCCGCGGUGCGCCCCUCCGCAGACCCUCCUACAAACUGGGCAUUAAGAUGCAUGGUGACCUCUCGGCAUCCGAUACAUCUUUGGCCGACCUGCAUGAGCGUCAAAGGCACCCCCCUCCUCACGAACUGGGGCUCAUGCCCCUGCCGGACACUGACACUGACAGUGGACUGGACUGGACCCACCUGGUGGAUGCCGCCAAUGCAUUCGAGGGUGAGGAGAGACGACCACGCUUCCAGAGGGGGUUUGUGUACAGUUCUCAGGACAUCAGAGGAGACAGUUCUACAUCAAGUCCUCAGCACAUGGAGCUGCAGCCUGUAGCGCUGUCCAGACCCUCCUCCAGUGAGGGCCCCGUGAGUCUGGCAGCGAAAGUGACUCAGCUGGAGGCUGUGGUGAAAAAGUUGCAGGAGGAUCUGAAAAAGGAGCGAGAGGAGAAGCUGAAACUUCAGGCCCAGAUCCAGAGACUGUGGGAAGAUAACCAGAGGUUGCAGGACGAGUCCCAGAGUUCGGCUGCGAAACUUAAAAAGUUCACAGAGUGGGUGUUUAACACCAUCGACAUGAACUGAGGCCAACACAGAACAACCGUUUGGAUGUCAUUCGGCAACUGGACAAGGAAGAGGAUUUGGAAUAGAUGAAGG